AUGAGGAGGAAAGACUGGGGAAACGAGCCAAAUGGGGGAACAAAUGAAAACUGUUUGAUGAAAUAUGCCGGGGCAAGUUAUAAAUGGAUUGAUGGAAGAUGUUCAACAGAAGCUGGUUAUAUCUGUCAGAAAAGUGUGUCAUCUGGAAACUGUGGUAGUGAUGUGUGCCUAAAAAAAGGGAGCUGUAAGAUUGAAAACCCACGGUAUACAUGUACAUGCAAUGCAGGGUAUUUUGGAACAAAAUGUGAAAAAGAUCUUAUAACAAUCUCUGCGACACCUACAACAAGAAGUGUGAACAGAGGCGAAAGCAUCGAUGUUCAACUCAACAUUGAAUCCUAUGAUGGAAACGCUAAUGUUGAUGUUAGAAACCAGAAUGACGUAAAAAUUAAAACCGUUACCACCAGCGUUAUCAGUAGCAGCAAUCCUUCAACAACAUUGACAAUCAACAUUGAAGUUCCAUUGGCAACUAUUUCGUACAAGUUUGAAGCUGGUCCUCAGAGCAACAAUUCGUCUUACUCAAGAAUAGUUACUUUGACGUUGGUAGUUAAUGAUGCCUGCGAUUCAUCACCUUGUAAAAAUGGGGCCAUCUGUCAAUAUACGACUGCAGCGCCAUAUUACAAUUGCACUUGUCGACCAGAAUACAAUGGAACUACGUGUGAAGAACCAACGUACAACCUUUAUAAAAAUUGCAAAUAUCACGUCAACUUUUACAAAAAGAAAACAUUUGGUGAAUCAAAUACAACUUGCAAUAGUCUUGGAGGAGCAGUCGCGAUGAUGAAAACAGACGCAAUACAAGAUUUUGUUGAAAGUCAAAUAAUAGAUCAAUAUGGCGAAGGAAGCACAAUUUCAUUUUGGAUCGGAGCUUACAAACCAAAUACCGAUUGGCUAUGGGUUGACGAUACGCCCAUUACCAAUAGCAAGUGGUUGUGGUCUUCGAUUAGCCAAGGAAAUGGAUAUUUGUUUAAAAGUUCUUAUUCGACAACGAGGGAUAAUAUGAAGUGGAUUAAUAAUGACGGGUCAAAUACUCUUGGAUAUGUUUGCGAGAUUCCGAGUUUUGACAAGUCAUUUUCUUCAAGCUCUGUUAUAGUUUUGAAUGAUACAAAUUUAUCUCUCACAUAUUCACGUUGCCAGGAUUCUUCGAGUACUUUUGCUGAGAUUUGA